GAAGGGGCCAUCCCCAAACAGUUCCCACAAAGUUGGGAGCAUGAAAUUGUCCAAAAUGUCUUGGUAUGAUGAUGCCUCAAGCGAUCCCUGUACUGGAACUGUGCGCUUCAGCAUGCACUGAGCCCACUCUGUCAUUUUACAUGGCCUACCACUUCGUGGCUGAGUUGCUGUUGUUCUCAGUUGAUUCCACUUUGUUAUAAUACCACUAACAGUUAACCGUGGAAUAUUUAGUAGCCAGGAAAUUUCACGGAUGGACUUACUGCACAGGUGUCAACCUAUCGCGGUACCACGCUUGAAUUCACUGAGCUUCUGAAAGCGACCAAU